GGCGGGCGAGACCCCCGCAAGUCCCGCUCGCACCGCGGCCACGGGCGCAGCGGGUUUUCCAGUCCCCAUCCUCGGUGACUGCGUGUGCCCCCAGAACGCCUCUCCCCCCGUUUCUGUUUCUGUUAUCCCGCCUUUUUUCCGCCUGCUUUCGCUGCUGGCGCCGGGGCGGCUCCAUCACGUGAGGCCGGCCCGGCUGGACGCGGUGCCGGGCGCGGUGCCGGGGGGGCCGGACCUUUGCCCCACAUCCCUUCCCCAGACCGGGGCUGGGUUGGGGGGGCUGGUUUGCAGGAGGCGGCCCUCGCUCGCUCCCGCUCCCCCCGGAUUUUUUUCCCUGCGGUUGUUCGGGAAGGUGGAGCCUGGGGCCGCCCCCGCGGACAGGUGCCGGAUGGCGGCGGGGACCCUCGGCCCCCACCCCUCCGACUCCCUGCAGGAAUUCCAGUACGCCCCCCAGAACAGACCCCCGGCCGGGGGGGUGCCCCCGGCCACCGACCUGGUGCUGGGGGCCACGGCCGGGUGCUUGGCCUGCUUCCUCACCAACCCGCUGGAGGUGGUGAAGACGCGGCUGCAGCUGCAGGGCGAGCUGCAGGCCCCGGGCACGUACCCGCGGCCGUACCGCGGCGUGCUGCGGGCGGCCGCGGCCGUGUGCCGGGCGGACGGGCUGCGGGGGCUGCAGAAGGGGCUGGCGGCCGGGCUGCUCUACCAGGGGCUCAUGAACGGCGUCCGCUUCUACUGCUAUUCCCACGCCGAGGACGCCGGCUGGACCGGGUAUCCCGGCGGGACCGUGGCCGCCGGGGCCGUGGCGGGGGCGGUGGGAGCCGUCGUGGGCAGCCCCGCGUACCUGGUCAAGACCCACCUCCAAGCCCAGACACUGUCAGCCAUGGCCGUGGGCCACCAGCACAACCAUGAGAGCAUCUCCGGCGCUUUCAAGAGCAUCUACCGGCAGCACGGGGUGGCGGGGCUGUGGCGGGGGGUGACGGGCGCCGUGCCCCGCGUGGCCGUGGGCUCGGCCGUGCAGCUCGCCACCUUCGCCUCCGCCAAGGACUGGGUGUCCGAGCGCCAGUGGUUCAGGAAGGGCAGCUGGGCGGCAGUGCUGGCGGGGGGCAUGGUGAGCGGUGUGGCUGUGGCCGUGGCAAUGACACCUUUUGACGUGAUCAGCACCCGUCUCUACAACCAGCCGGUGGAUGCCGACGGCACAGUAAGGCCAUUCCGGACACGGCACAGAGGACACGCGGCUUUUCCCGGGAUUGCGUCUGGCAGGGGUGCACAGCUGGCUCCUCUCUCCCCAGGGCAAGCUCUACCGAGGAUUUUUGGAUUGUAUCCUGCAAAUCUCCAGCAGAGAGGGGCUGCUGGGCUUGUACAAGGGCAUCGGCGCUGUCUACCUCCGCCUCGGCCCCCACACCGUCCUCAGCCUCUUCUUUUGGGACAAGCUCAGGAACAUAGUUCAGCACCAGCAGCCCCCAGGGCUGUAGGACACACUCCUGCCACCACCACCGAUGUUAAUAAAGAGCCGGGGGGGGCCACUCCCCGCCUCCGCCCCGCGGACCUUGGAGCCGGGGCCUGGCUACACUGUGGCUUCUCUCCAUCGAAAAUGUUUUCCCUGGGGUCCUGGCUGCCGCCGUUGCCCGGGCUGGCGUGGGGCUGGGCACUGCUGGAUGCGCUCCUGCAAGGGCUGGUGGGUGCCUGUGCCGUCUCGGUGCUCUGCAGCCUCCUGAAGGUUUAUCUCUACAUCCAGUGUGUGAACCACCCCGAGAGGCAGGCGGAGAAGGAGGCGCUGGCGGCGCGGCGGCCGCUGCUGGGGCUGCUGCACGUGCUGGUGCUGACGGGGGUCCUGGCCCUGGUGGGCUCCCGUGUGGCUGCCCUGGUGGUGCUGGAGUUCUCCCUGCGCGCCGUCUCCACCAUCCUCUCCCUCGGCAAGGGCGCCCACAGCAGCCAGCUCUACGUGCUGUGCCAGUACUCGCUGGGCUGCGGGGUGUCCUGCGGCCUCAGCUUCCUGCUGGAGGGGGCUCCGCACCGCAGCUGGAACCUGGCGCUGGCGGCGGGGCUGGCGGCGCUGCUGGCGCUGCACGCCCGGCGCCUGGCCCGGCACGUCUGCGCGCUGUACGAGCUGCACAGCCGGGCGCGCUACUGCGGCGUCUGCAUCCUGCUGCUGGCCGCGGGCCACGGCAUCCCGCGCCUGCUGCGCAACGCCCUGGCCCUCGCCUUCGCCGUGGCCGACCUGGCCGCCGUGGAGCUCAUCAACCGCGACUUCCUCUCCACGGGCGAGGCCGUGCGCUUCUGGACCCCGCUGACCAUCUGCUACACGCUGCUGGUGGUCUACAUGCAGGAGGAGUCCCGGCAGAGCGCGGGCAGGGGGCUGGUGUUCCGGACCGUGCUGGUGCGGAUGGGCGGCCUCUUCAUCCUCCUCCUCACCGUGGGCCGAUGGACGGACAUCCUGCACGUCCUGGUGUCGCUGCUGGGGGAGCUCUGGUGCCUGCUCCGCUCCGGGGUCCUGCUGGAGUCCUGCUGGCGGCAGGAUUUUGCUCAGCAGCCUCGCUUGGAGAGUUUGUCGGGAUCCCGAGCGGAGGAGACGUCCCGCUGAGCCCUCCGCAGGAACUCGGGGUGGCUUCGCUGGGCACGCCCAGAACCCCCCAUCGCACAUCCCCCAUGGGGAAAAGGAAAAACGGGCUCCUGGAAGGCAUCCAACCCAUCCCAUGGCAUGGAGGAGGUCGGGGAAGACUCACGUUGCCCCGGCUGUUUGGGGCAGCACUACUGGGGCUUGUUCUGGUCCCAGUGGGACUGCGGGAUACUGAUGGAUGUCCCAUCCUUGCUGGCUGCAGGGCCACACUGUCAGGGGCCUCCAGGGGGUUAUAAAUAAAAAAAAUAAAGUCUUUCCCAGCAAAAUCCAUGACCAGA